AUGUCGGGAAGUGUGACACCGGCAAGGCGUCCGCGCGAGGAAGAUGACAGCGAUAUUGAAGACUUCGAACCUUCCGUCGACGGCGAAGGCUCGGCACGGUCAACUGGGAGGAAGCGAGCUCGUGUCGGCGAUGAUUAUGGCGAGGAAGAUGCGAAUGAUGACUCAGAGUCCGAGCGUGGCAGCCUUCUGCCCGACAGCUUCCGCCGCUCACCCAAGACCACCGGCCGGGGUGUGGACCUGCUCAACACUCGCAGUACGGCACAGAAGCAUCAACCCGGCUCGAUCGUACGCGUCACGCUCACGAACUUCGUCACGUACACCAAGGCAGAGUUCCAUCCGGGACCCAAUCUGAACAUGAUCAUCGGUCCGAACGGGACAGGCAAGAGCACGCUCGUGUGUGCAAUCUGUCUGGGGCUUGGCUGGGGCACUGUCCAUCUGGGCCGCGCGAAAGAUCUAGGAGAGUUUGUGAAGCACGGUGCUAAGAGAGCGGAGAUCGAGAUCGAGCUUGCGAAAGACCCGGCUCGCCAUGAGGACAACCCGGUAAUCACCACGAGGAUCACCAAGGAUGGCAACAAGGCAGAAUUUGCGAUUGAUCAGAAGAAAUCGAACAAGAAGGGCGUGCAACAGCUCGCUCGGAGCUUCUCGAUUCAGGUCGACAAUCUGUGUCAGUUCCUGCCUCAAGAUCGUGUGGUGGAGUUCGCAGGUCUCUCUCCCGAGGCUUUGCUGGUCCAUACUCAACGGGCCGCCGCACCAGAACACAUGAGCGAGUGGCAUGACAGCCUCAAGGAUAUGAGAAAGGAGCAGAGGUCGCAGCAGCAGGAGCAGCAAAAGUUGCUUGAAUCUCUGAAGCAGGAUGAGGGCCGUCAACGACUCCAGGAAGCCGAUGUGAUCCGUAUGCGCGAGCGAUCCGAGCUACAGCAGCGUCAAGCGACUCUGGAAAAGCUACGACCAUUCCCGAAAUAUGCUGCUGCGGUGGCGCGUCACUUGGAAGCCAAGAAUCGCAAGAAGGAGGCUGAGAGAGAGCUCCGACGGCUGGAGGCCAGACUCCAACCCAAUCUCCAUGCUGUCCAGGCCAAGGAGGCUUAUCAUGAACGGGUUGGGAAAGUCGUCAGCCUGCGGCAGCGCCUGGCUCAGCGGCAAGAAGGCACCGUUUCGGAUAACAGAAAGAAGAUCGUCGAGAUAUCUGAGAAGAUCGACGAUUGCACCAACGAGAUCCAGACGGAGAAGCAGAACAACAAAGCUGUGCACGAGAAAGCGAAUCGCCUCAAGCGAGAGAUCAGUGCUCUUCAGAGACACAUGGAGAACCCGCCUGAGCCCUUCGAUCCCGCAGAGAUGAAUGAGCGCAACAGGGAGCUUACCAGGCGUAUCCGCGAGAUCACGGACGGCGGCCGUGAAAUCCAAGAGGAGAUCAGGAACUUGAAUGGCCAGGCCCGACAACGACAAACGAUUGUGGAACAAUGCCAAAAAGACCGGGAGAGCCUGCAGUCUCAGGCCGGCCAACAAGCCAACAAGCUUCGACAGGUCUCUCGUGAUGCCGCGGUGGCGUGGGAUUGGAUUCAAACCCAUCGAGACCAGUUCAAGGGCGAGGUCUACGGUCCCCCUAUCAUCGAGUGUACUAUGAAGGACUCCCGGAACGCCAGUGCGGUGGAGUCUGUGGUCCAAGAUGGCGAAAAGCUCGCCUUCACAGUCACCACUCAGGAAGAUUUCGACAUGCUGAAUCGUCAACUUUACACCACCAUGAAACUGAGCAAGAUCAACAUCAGAGCGUCGAUACACGCCUUAUCGACAUUCGACCCACCACUGCGCUCGGAUGAUUUGCGGCAGUACGGACUCGAGUGCUGGGUCGUCGACCUUAUUGAAGGUCCUGAUGCUGUGUUGGCUAUGCUGUGCGACAACAGCAGAUUGCACCAAACCGCUUUCACUGCCCGCGACAUCACUGACGCUCAGUACGAAGCAUUGAAGCGAACCUCCCUGAGUUCCUGGGUCACCGCGUCAAACACAUAUCAGAUCGCCCGCCGCCGCGAAUACGGUGAACAAGCGACCAGUACGCGUGUCAAUCCUCUCAAGCCGGCAAGAUACUUCACCGAUGCUCCAGUAGAUCGCCAACACGAGGACGAACUCAAUGCGCGCGAACGUGAGGCAAAGGGCGAGAUUGGUGAGAUCAGGCAAAAACAUGAAGAGCUUAAGACAGAGGGCACGGGAUAUAAAGAGAGACUAAAUCAGCUCAGGGAGGAGCAGAAGCGGAUUACAGAGGAGAAGGAGGUCAAACAGAGGCAGCAUUCGGAGUUCAACGGUCUGCCAGCCAAGGAGCAGCGUGCUCAGGAGCAGCUAAGGAAUGCUCAACAACAGAUCGAUGGCAGCCUUGAGCGGAGGCGACGUAUUGUGGAGCGAGGCGACAACUUGACCGUGAGCAAGGGUCAGCUCGUUCUCGACUACGCCAACUCCGUCGAGGCGUUACGUGGCCUACACGUCCAGCUGUACGAGGCUGAGAUAUUGCAGCUCGAAGCAAAGUCCGACCUUGAUCAGCUUCAAGCUCAGCAUGCUGAAGAACAACGUCUGCUUCAAGAGAGGACAGAUGAGGUCGCGCAGCUGACGGAGGUGUCGAGGACGCUGUUGGAAGCUGGCAGACGACUUCAAGUCGACUGCAGGGGCAUAGGCGAAGAUCUUAAUGAUGCAGGGCAUGAAGUGUUGAACGAGGUUGUGACAGAGGGCAAAUGGACGGAAGACCAGCUCGAGACGGAGAUCGAAUCUGUCACCACCAGGAUCCAGCUGACCUCCGGCAACGGCAAUCAAAACACCAUCCGAGAGUUUGAAGAGCGCGCCAGCAGGAUCGAGACGAAGUGUGCGAAGCUGCGCGAUAUUGAGGCUCACCUGCGCGAUCUCUUCAACAGAAUCGAGGAGUUGCGAGGAAAGUGGGAGCCAAAGUUGGACGAGCUUGUCGCCCAGAUCUCGGAAGCGUUCGCUGAGAACUUCACGCGCAUUCAGUCCGCGGGUGAGGUAGCUGUCCACAAGGACGACGACUUCGAGCAGUGGGCCAUCCAGAUCAAGGUCAAGUUUAGAGAGAACGAGCAACUCUCCGUUCUGGAUUCUCACCGCCAGUCCGGUGGCGAGCGUGCCGUCAGCACGAUCUUCUACCUCAUGGCUCUACAGUCUCUCGCUCGUGCGCCCUUCCGCGUCGUCGACGAGAUCAACCAGGGUAUGGACCCGCGCAACGAGCGUCUUGUUCACUCCCGCAUGGUUGAGAUUGCCUGCGCAGAGCACACGAGCCAGUACUUCCUGAUCACGCCCAAGCUGCUGAACGGCUUGACCUAUCAUCCGAACAUGAAGGUGCAUUGCAUUGCAAGCGGAGAGUACAUGCCGAGUGAUCAUCGCGAGUUGGACUUUGCUGCACUUGCUCAGAAGGCGUUGGCCGUUCGGAGGGGUGGGAAUGUCGAGGUUGCUGGGUGA